AUGAGCGAUCGAGUGCGACGACGUCGCAGUCGUGAAUUACGAGCUCCACGAAACGAUGGGGGACUGUCACCGGCGUCACGACUUCGGAUAGCUGCAGACGUCCAUCGCCAUUCGACCAGUGACGAUGAUUCCGGUUGUGUCCUUGAAGAGUACGCAUGGGUCCCCAGCGGGCUUAAACCGAAUAUGGUAAGAUUUUUGGAACUUAUUUCCAUAAAGAAAGAUUCCGUGAGGUGCAUAUGUUCUUCGCCACUCUUCCCCGAAGAGAAGGUGCCUUACGUGAACAGCGCCGGCGAAAAAUGGCGAAUUCGACAACUGCGCCAUCAGCUACCGCCACAGGACUCCGAUCCCCGAUACUGUUCCCGGCUCACUGCGGAAGAAGAAGAUGAACUGAGACUUUUUGAGCGCCGACGAAAGGCCGAAUGCCUGGGACGAGGCACUGUUGAGCGCGUGCCAUAUGACGAGCGAAGUCGCAAGUGUGCUUCGGUUUUUGUCGUGCUUGAUGAUGCAGGAAUUGGAAGAGGUGAAGCUUUAGCUCUCCUUUCCGAUGUAUAA